AUGAAACUGAGUCUAGCACAUAAUCCAAUCGGUGAAUGUGGUUUAGAUUCUCUAGCAAAUGCGUUACAACAUAAUAAAACAUUAUCAGAAUUGACACUAAUUUGCAACGCAUUAGACGGUGAAGGAGCAGUACAACUAGGUAAUAUAUUACAAUACAAUAAUACACUAAAAAAAUUGACUUAUAUGGGCAAUCCAAUUCAUCCUAAUGGAAUAAAAUAUCUAGCUAGUGGUUUAGCAAUGAACACUGGAUUAUUAGAGCUAAUAUUUGAAUCUAAUGAAUUUGAUUCUCGAGGUGCAAGAUCUUUCGCGAAUGGAUUAGAAAAAAAUCAAUGUCUCACCACUCUGAGUCUUUGUUCGAACCAUAUUUGCUCUGAAGGACUACAAUAUUUAGCAAAUGCAUUACAAAAUAAUCGGGCACUUACAACAUUAGCUAUUCAACACAAUAAAAUUGACGGCGAAGGCGUACGACAUCUUGCUAAUGCUUUACAAAAUAAUACAACACUUGUGACGUUAAAUUUGUCUAAUAAUCCUAUUGGAAAUGAAGGAGCACGGUAUUUAGGUCAAGCACUGGCAAAGAAUACUGUGAGAUAA